CCGGCCUGGGCCUCAGACAGGUCCCGGCCGCAGUCCGGACCGCAUCUCGGGAGGCCUUCGCUCAACAGGGGUGCACGAGUGAAGGGCAUUUGUAACCUCCAGCGUGUGUUCCUCUGUCUCCUCCGCCAAGUGCCUUCGGCGUACCGCAAGGAUGCUGCUGUUCGCUCUGCUCGUUCUCAGUCACGCUACUCUGGGCUUACCUAAUGCUGAACAAGUCACUCUCCCACCUUGGGUAACUACAGAAAGUCAGCCAACAACAACCGACAUACCAGUAACUACAAGGGAGAAAGCUGAUUUGGGCAUAAGAUUGCCUGGAUCUCUGAAACCACUCCAUUACUUAGUUAAACUUCAACCCUUUAUCAAUGGCAACUUGAGCGUCUUCGGCUACAUGGAGGUGGAGAUGGAGGUCCUGGAACCGACGUCCAACAUCACGCUCCACAUGGCCGACAUAAUCACUAAAAAUGACACCAUAAAGUUACAUACUGCGGUCCAAACGCCAGGCCGAGAUCUGUGGAUCAAGAAGCACGAGUACGAUCAUGGUCGUCAGUUUUAUAUCGCCCACUUGACGAGAGAGCUGCAGAAGGGAAGAAAGUACGUUCUCUCCAUGGAGUUCCUUGGUUAUCUUAAUGACAAGCUGCACGGCUUCUACAGGUCGACUUACAUGGAUGAUGACGGCAUCACUAGGAACGUGGCUGCGACCCAGUUCCAGCCCACCGACGCCCGCAAAGCCUUCCCUUGCUUCGACGAGCCCGCACUGAAGGCAACCUUUGAAAUUCACCUCGCAAGGGAAUCUUGGAUGACAACCCUCUCCAACAUGCCCCUCGCAGAAACUCUGCCUGUCAUGGGACAAGAGGGUUGGGUGUGGGAUCGCUAUGAGAAGAGCGUCCCCAUGUCCACCUACCUCGUCGCCUUCGUCGUGUCGGACUUUGUUCAAGUCAACACCACAGUGAAUGACAAAGUAUUACUUCGAGUUUGGGCACGACAGGCGGCGAUAGAUCAGGCAGAGUAUGCAAUGGAUGUGGGCCCCAAGAUCUUGAGUUACCUUGAAGAAUAUUUCAAUCUGUCUUUCCCCCUCCCGAAACUGGACAUGGUUGCAUUAACCGACUUCUCUGCAAGGGGCAUGGAGAACUGGGGCCUUACGACUUACAAAGAAACGUACCUCCUGUACAACGGGCAAGUGUCGACCCCAGAAUCGAAGAUGACUGUUACGGAGAUCAUAUCACACGAACUGGCUCAUCAGUGGUUCGGUGACCUCGUUACACUUGCGUGGUGGGACGACCUCUGGCUCAACGAGGGCUUUGCUUCCUACGUCAGUUUCCUUGGUAUGGAUCAUGCACAGCCAGCUUGGAAAAUAAUGGAAACAUCCAUCGUCAUAAGACUCCAUGUUGUGUUCGGUCUCGACAGCCUGGAGUCCUCACACAGGAUCAGCAUUCCCGUUAGUCACCCAGACGAAAUCGCCGAGGUCUUUGAUUUCAUCUCCUAUUACAAAGGAGCGUCUAUUGUCCGGAUGAUGGCCCAUUACCUCACCGAGGGAACGUUUAGGAAGGGGUUGAACAACUACCUAAGAUUAUUCAAGUACAGGAAUGCUGUACAAGAUGACUUAUGGAAUUGCCUGACAAUGGUGGCUCACGAGGACGGCAUUCUGCCUCAGGACGUGACUGUGAAGAUGAUCAUGGACACGUGGACGCUGCAGAAGGGCUACCCCGUCAUCCAGGUGAUAAGGAGCCCAAACGGAUCCUCUGCCACGUUGACGCAGGAGCGGUUCCUCUUAGAAGGGAGCGCAAACUCUUCCAGCACCACGGAUUACAAGUGGUGGGUGCCUCUGACCUUCACGACCCAGAGCGAGGCCAACUUCAGCCAGACUCAAGCCAGUUUAUGGAUGAAGGACUCUGAGGAUCACGUCACCGUCUCUUUUCUUCCCCCGAAGGACCAGUGGGUCAUCUUCAACCUGCAGCAGACGGGCUACUACCGAGUCAACUACGACGACCACAACUGGAAUCUUAUCAUCCAGCAGCUGAAGAAGGACCACCAGGUCAUUUGUCCCAUCAACAGGGCGCAGAUUAUCGAUGACGCAAUGAAUCUAGCGAAAGCAGGCCAUCUCAGCUACAAGAUCGCCAUCGGUGUGUAUUCCUAUCUGCGAAAUGAAGGGGAAUAUCUGCCUUGGGUUACGAGCGUCGGCACGCUCGGUUACAUUGAGAAAAUGCUGCGACAAAGUCCCGGAUUUGGCGCUCUUAAACGCUACCUCCUGGAUUUGGUGUUGCCGCUCUAUGAAACCGUCGGGUUCGACGACAAGUUGGAGGAUCCUCAUUUGGAGCAAAGGAAGAGGAAGAUCGCCGUGAACUGGGCUUGUAAACUUGGCCACAAGGACUGCCUCGACAAGGUGCUCACCCUCUACAGGCAGUGGAUGGCAAAUCCUGACAACACAAGCCGUAUUCCAUCAAACCUUAAAUGGACGGUGUACUGCCGCGCCAUACAGGAGGGCGGGGAGGCCGAGUGGGACUUCGCGUGGGAGCAGUACUUGAAGACCAACGUCGCCAGCGAGAAGACGCUCCUUCUCUCCGCUAUGGCCUGCACUGAAGAAUCUUGGAUCCUCUCUAGGUACCUUGAAAUGGCCAUUAACACCACCAGCGGCAUAAGACUACAAGAUGUAAUGGUUGUAUUAGGAAACGUCGCUACCAAUGAUGUGGGACGCCCCUUGGUAUGGGACUACCUCACACUUAACUGGAACGAUAUCUAUGCAUUUAAGAAGAGGAGGAAAGGGGAAUUAAUGAAGCAAAUAACGGGACCCUUCAAUACAAAGCAGGAACUUGAAAAGGUCGAGUCCUUCGUAACGAGCGGCGUGUCCUUGGAGGGGAACCAGAGGAGCGUCCAGCAGGUCGAAGAGAAAGUCCGAAACAACAUCGCCUGGAUGGACGCCAACUAUGACGUCAUCGUCCAGUGGCUGGAGGAGAACGGCUACUCCUCGAAGCUCAGGGUCGCUUAGGGUCAUCUGCGUCCUCGCCUUUCCUUAGGUUUUGCUUGAAGGUCAUCGGGCAUGUCAGAUUUUCUUUUUGUUCACACAUGCACACACACACGCGGGCGCAGCUCCUGAAAACGCACUUACAAAUACAUGUGU